AUGUGUCUCCUGAAGGCUUCCGCCGUCGUUAUCUGUCUCGUUUCCAUUCUUCCGCAUUCCGUCGAAACAACCGUGAAGUGCUAUAAAGGUGAGCCCAUAACAAUAAUAAUAAUAAUCGGAAAGAGUGUGCGUGACGAUGACGUGCGUUCAAAAUGAUGAAAUGCUCCGUGUGUUGAGGAUUCUCCGGCGACGGCAGGCCGUUCAAACAGCGUCUUUGUCAAACGGACUACUGCAUAAAGUGAGUUCAUCGGGAGAGAUGCGAGCACGAGAAUGAGUUUGCAGAACGACGGAGCCCACUGGUGGAGCUACUUAUGGAUGUGACGACUUUACGCCCUUCUGCAAGGUGAGCGCUUGUUGAAAAUGCAUGAAGAGCAAGUGAAAAACAUGAAAGCUUAAAAAUAUUUACAUGUCAGAAGUCAAACUUGCCAAAAAGAAUGUCUCAGCUGUCGGUGGAGAUAGCAAAACGUUGUCAACUAACAGAUUUUUCAUUAGAACAUGUUGUACAUUUUACCAGUUGAUUGCUUUUUGAUAUCUCCACACAGAGCUAAGAUGCAUAACAAUGUUCAAUGUAUUGGCGUACCAUUCUAUCAGUUUUUACGGUAUAAUAUCAUGUCUGGCCCGAUAAACGUUCAAUGCGAUUGCAGGCGGACGAGUGCGUGGUCACUUCGAAACAAAGCGAAGUCUGCUGCUGUAAUACGGACCUGUGUAACCGCUCUCCGACGCCAUUCGCCCCCCUCGUCUCGACAGUCUUCUCAUUACUCUUCGUCUUUCUCUUUUUUGUUCGUCUCUAGUCGCCACCUCCCCUUUUCUAUCGAUUCUAUUGUUUUUUCUCACGACGGGUGUUCAAAAAUGACGAUGAUUCACUUUCCUUUUCUUCCGAAUAAACAUUUCUAGAAGAAUGUUUCCGUUAAAGUUCAAUUGCUGGCCGAACAGCGUCUAACCGAGUGACCGGCAAGCGGAAGAAAGCGAAGAGAGACCAGUUGUGAUCGAUUGAUCGAUAGAUUAGUUAAUAGGCAGUAGGAAGGAAGUAAACGUUUUCGUCGAACUACUGACUUCGUUUUUGUUUUCUUUACGUUCUCAACUUGCACUCGGUUCGUUCUCGCGCCGAUCGACCGGCUCUUGUCGCAUUCGAACAAUAUGUUUGUCCUGCUAACCAGUUGUUGUUUACCCAUUCCCCCGGCUGUCUUUUUCAUCAUUUUUUCAACGAACACACAUUUCUUGAUUUCAGAUCGUCAUGCGAGCACUGUCCUUCUCACUCUUGGCAUUUCUAUUCCACCCGACUGCUGCUCUUUUCGGAGAUAGUUUCCUUCGGCAAAGGUGGGUUUAAGAAAAAGAGCGAGCGCGAUUGCGUCAACUUAACUAAUUUUUAACUAAGAACAAACGUACUGGAUUCUAAUUUGAUAUGUUAUAGGAAUCCAGCUACCGGGCCGUGUACAUUGAAUGAUGAUGGUCUGAAAUGCAAUGAAAAUGGUGAGAAUCUUAAGUACCCCUUCAUUUUCUAUACUUUCGUUUUACUAUCAGGCUACUACGAAUCGGUGCAGUGCAACUCGGAAUCGUGCUUUUGUGUGACCCCGCACACGGCGCUCAUCUCAUACGACACACGAACGAACAGCCCGAAAACAGCGCCGAAAUGCGGAGGUCUGUCUGUUUUUAUUUCAUUUCCCGAAUGAGGUUUGAACUCUUUCAGCAUGCCUUGUUUACCUCCAAAAGCUGUUUUCCAACGGCGAUCCUCCGGAGAAUAGUUUUGUGCCAAAGUGUGACGUCGGAAAGGGUGAGUCUGAGAUGAAAUAUUGAUGGGGAUCCGGGAAGUUGGCUUCAGGAGACUUCGAGCCGGUUCAGUGCGACAACCAAAAGAAUGAGUGCUAUUGUGUGGAUGCAACCACUGGCAGAGAGAUCUUGGGAACGAGAAGCACUUUGAGCAACACCAAAACUAUGAAUUGCAUGAAAAUUGGUAUGAGGAAUUCGAGGUUUCAUGAGUUUAUGACUUGCCAUUUCCAGAUUUUUCCAUCGACUCUUCCUUGUUCCCAACUUUCGAAAAGCCAGAUCCUGCCAAGCCGAAAGUCGUCGAAGCGAUCGGAAGACCUUGGUGCCAGAAGAACAGAGACGCCGGGCACACUUGCAGUCAGAACAAGACAUCGAUCAGAGUCAGUUGCUGAAUAGUUCACUUCUCCACACAUUUUCCGUGUUCUACAGUACUGGUUCGACGUCGAAUCCUUCCUGUGCUUACCGUUUGAGCACAAAGGAUGCGGAGGAAACGAGAACUCGUACCCGACCAGCAGUGCCUGCUAUUCCGACUGUGUUAUGAGUGAGGAACUGCUACAGAAAGAGGACCAGGGAAGCGAUUUACGUUUUGUUUUCAGUGGAUUACUUCAGUUGUGCCAUGCAGUCACAGCCUGCAAGGAGGUCACACGGAGGAUGGUACACUUGCGGUGCAGAGGCCCAAUUUCCUCCAGGUACACAACAACUGCUGCACGAAGAUCUGUCAGUUUAACACUUUAUUUCAGGAUGGACCACCACGACCACUCCGGGACCAAAACUGACAGAAUCCGGAUGUCCGAAAGGCUACAAGUGUCAGAUGGGCGCAUUCUUCGGCAUUUGCUGUGAAGAGAACCUUUCCAGUGCGUGAUCUGAUCACAGAAUCUGUUCUUACCCUUCUUUUUUCAGAUCGGUACAACGCAGCGUUCAAACCUCAGUGCAAGAACCGAAAGCUCUCGCUCCAGAAGCAGAACGACGGCUGGUCCAGCGCGUUCCUUGGCAAAUCCUGCUCCGACAACUUCUGUCCGAGCACUCACACCUGCGAACGAAACGAGUUCUUCGCAUUCUGCUGUCCAAAAUGA